UACCCUACCCUUUGCUCCUAGCUCAAAAAUUGUCCAACACCCUUUCCUUUCCUCCUAUUCUAGUUUCCUUUCCUUCUUCACUUUCUCCCUUCCCUAACUGUAUUUUCUCUUCUCCUUCCCUUUCCUAGAUCUCAAUUCAAGAUUGACUUAAAAAAAAAAUUAUAUUAAAAAAAUAUCGUGUUGAUGCAGAGAUUGAAGUCAAUCAUAGGAAUGUGGGCGUAUGGAUAAUAUAAUAUUCAGAAAUACAUAGCUAUCACACAAAAUCACUAGAUGCAAAGGUUUGUUUGAAACAUAAUCAAUAUUUGACAGCGUCUUCUAUGAGCACUUCCGGUUAAAAACAAAUCAGUGAGAUCAGUCUCCCGAUUGGUCGAAUUUAAAAAUGAGACCGGGACAGUUUUGGACGACAACAGAAGACGGAAUUUCGUUGCGAAACAAAAAAAAAGAUCUGUCACGAUGAUAGAAUCAGGUUGUCACAACACAUUGGAAAACGCAGAGGAGAGAGAAAUUAACGUCGACGACCUGAGGAAAGACCUUUUAUCAGAGUUUCACUCACAGGAGUCGUGCCUAGGAGAGAAUGACCACUUGCAGGUGUACCUCCGCAUUCGACCGUUCGCAUCAACUGAAAGAGAAAAUGGCGAAUCGCAGGACUGCGUUUCCAUUGAGCCCCCAGACAAGGUGCUCCUCAAGGCUCCAAGGACUUCCCUCUCAGCAAGGCUUAGUGACAAAUCAGUCCCUCAGACAGCUCAACGGUUCCAGUUCACACAGGUCUUGGGGCCAGAAACCUCUCAGAGGGAGAUGUUUGAUGGCACAGUGAGAAGUCUGGUCAAGGAUGUUUUGGAAGGUGGAAAUUCUCUGGUUUUCACAUAUGGAGUCACAAAUGCCGGAAAGACAUUCACAUUUCUAGGUCCAGAGACUAACGCAGGGAUCCUCCCAAGGUCUUUGAAUGUCAUCUUCAACAGCAUUGAGGGUCGUGUUUACAACCAGAUGACGAUCAAGCCACAGCGAUGCAGAGAGUUCAUCAGGCUCACUAAAGACCAGCAGAGUGAAGAGGCCACUAACAAGAGAAAUCUCUUCAGGCUCCUCAAGGAGAGUGAUAACCCAAAAACCUCCACCAGCCAGACAAGCUCCACCAGCCAGACAAGCAAGACAACCCUGCAAGGGUCCACACUAAGUGACAUUGAGAGGACUGGGACUGAAGACUCUUUCAGUCUGGUUGUUGACGCACACACCAAGUUCUCCGUCUGGGUGUCCUUCUGUGAAAUCUACAACGAGAAUAUUCACGACUUGCUGGAGCCUGUACCGAUCGGGGCCCUGAAGAGAUCCACACUGCGGCUAUCACAGGAUGUCAAAGGCAACUCCUUUGUAAAAGAUCUGAAGUGGAUACAAGUGAACAACGCGGAGGAAGCCUACAAGGUGAUGAAGCUAGGAAAGAAGAACCAGAGCUUUGCCAGCACAAAGCUCAACCUCCUCUCGAGCAGGAGCCACAGCAUAUUUUCUGUUCGUAUCCUGCGAAUUGAAGAUGCUCGGAUUCCUCGCGUUAACUCUGUCAGCGAGCUGUCCUUGUGCGACCUGGCUGGGUCAGAGCGGUGCGCUAAAACGCAGAAUAAAGGGGAGCGUUUGAAAGAGGCUGGGAACAUCAACACAUCGCUGAUGACGCUGGGCAAGUGCAUCAACGCCUUACGCCAAAGCCAGCAAUCCAAGCUACCACAGCACAUCCCUUUCAGGGAGAGCAAGCUCACCCACUACCUGCAGGGCUUCUUCUGUGGGUGGGGCAAAGCCUGCAUGGUAGUCAACAUCAACCAGUGUGCCUCCAUGUACGACGAGACGCUCAACGUGCUCAAGUUCUCCGCCGUGGCUCAGAAGGUGGUGGUGCUGACAUCCAAGACCGUCCCCCAUCUCGCCACCAAGACGUCGGCCCGGGAACUGUCCAUGAUCGUCGCAGACCACGCAGACAGGAAGAACCUGUUGGGUCGGCGGAGAAGGAGCUCCCUGGUUGGCUGGGAGACCAGUCUGGAGGAUGUGCAGGAGGAUGUGGAUGACAUGGAAGAGGAGAGCACGGCAGAGGACAGCGUGAUAGAGGAGACCAUGCAAGAAGUGGACGAUGACAAGUUUCUCAUCGAUAAAGAUGCUUAUGAGAGCCAACUCCUCCAACUCCGGGAACAGCUCCAGAAAGAGAGGUCUGAAAACCUGGCUCUGGAAUCCCGGAUCCGGGACGAGGUCACCAAGGAGUUUUCUGAACUCUUCUCUGAAAUGCAGACCGACUACAAGGAACGUCUGGCCAAAGAGAAGGAGAUUGUCGAGGAGAGAGCGGAGAGGCGUCUAGAGAUCCUGAAGAAUCUAGUGAACAAGAACACCAGUCAAGAGGAGCUGGAAAGAACCCAUGAAGAAGUGGACAGAGCAGAGCGAGCCACGAAGGACGGCUCGUCGUUGGGAGGCAUGUUUGACUCCAUGUGCAGUGACCUGGCAGGCAUAAAGAUGGCGGCUGAGACGGCCAAGUCAUGUCUGGUGGUCGCCCACCCAAGUAGUGACACCGUCUCCAACCUCUCAGAGCAGCUGCCUGUCAAAACCAAUGAACUGGAAAAUUAUUGCAGACGAGCACCGCAAUCAAACGAACAUCUUGACGAGGCUAGAAAGACUCUGGAGUCUCAGGAGCUGAAGUUCUCCGACCUCGUGGAGGUGUGUCAUGAGAAGGAUGAGAUGAUCUCCUCGCUUCGGAACACCGUGGACCAGCAGGUCAAAGACACUAUCAAGGAUAAGACGACAUUCCACAGCAUCAAGGAUGAGCUCCGGCGUCUGAAGAGCAGUUGCACUUGCUCCGGAGGGGAGAAGCGCAGCUCUCGCACAGAGAGCCGUAAACGGCUGGUGGACCUCCAGCCGGACCUGGAGGAACAGCCCCCUAGCAAGAAAGGAUUCCAUGGGGAGGGUAGUGAAGAGGAGAAGAUGGACAGAUUGCGCUGGGAGCAGGAAGUGAAAUCCUCAGAAGUGGCGCGACUAGUAGAGACUCUGCAGCUUGAUCAGUUAGCACACGGAGAGGGUGACUGGAACGUGCAGGAGAAGAAUAUCUCCUGUAUGGAGGAACAUGAGCUGAAAGCUGAGCUGGAGGCGCAGACGCGUGCUCGCGAGGAGGCCCUGUCCGCGGAGGAGGAGGCGUGGAGGGAGAAUGCCAGGCUACUCCAGGAACAGGGAGACUUGCAGUGGGAGAUGAGCACACUCCGAGGGGAAUCCCAGGAUCUAACUGGGAAGCUGCAGGCCAUGGAGAGGGAGGUCAGUCUGCAGACAGCCAGAGCAGAAAAAGCUGCCGAGGACCGACAGGCCAUGCAUGACCACGAGCUCAGAGAGAAAGCUGCCCUCAUUGACUCCCUGAAACAGGAAGUAGCACGCCUAGGGCAGGAAGUCGUGGCCUCUCAAGCUGCGUCGGGAGUACAAAGGGACAGCAGGCUUCUCAGAGACAAGAUGGCGGAACUGAAGAGGGAAUGCUCAGAGGCCCUGGAGGAGAGGCUCCUGCUGAAAGAGAAACUGGCCCAACAGCAGAUCUCAGAACAGGAGUUGGAGGAGCUGAAAGAGAAACUGGCCCAACAGCAGAAAGAGAAACUGGCCCAACAGCAGAUCUCAGAACAGGAGUUGGGGGAACUGAAAGAGAAACUGGCCCAACAGCAGAUCUCAGAACAGGAGUUGGAGCUGAAAGAGAAACUGGCCCAACAGCAGAUCUCAGAACAGGAGUUGGAGCUGAAAGAGAAACUGGCCCAACAGCAGAUCUCAGAACAGGAGUUGGGGGAGCUGAAAGAGAAACUGGCCCAACAGCAGAUCUCAGAACAGGAGCUGAAAGAGAAACUGGCCCAACAGCAGAAAGAGAAACUGGCCCAACAGCAGAUCUCAGAACAGGAGUUGGAGGAGCUGAAAGAGAAACUGGCCCAACAGCAGAAAGAGAAACUGGCCCAACAGGAACUGACCUUGGAGCAGCUUAAGGUGGAAAUGGAGGCUAAAGAAGAGGCCCACGUUGACAGCAAAAACUCUGCAGCUGAGAGAGAGACUGCUGAGGGGCUGAGGAAACUAAACUCUGAUCUGGAGGUUGAGAUUACGACCUUGAAGGGAAAGAUGGCCGAUCUGGAGGAAGAGGAGCGCACCCGCCAAACAGAGAGGGAGGUGGCUGUAACCGUGUCCCAAACGGAGAGAGUGACAGAGUUGGAGAAGAUACUGUUCGACAAGGAGGCGGAGGUGUCGGGCCUGCAGAGGAGCCUGAGGGAGGCGCGGGAGAGGUGGGAGGAUGAGGAGACCGCUGCGGUGCAGGAGGCUCGUAGGAGGGAGGUGGAGAGGAGGAGGGAGCUGCUGGCCGUGGCUGAAGAGGCCAUCGCUCAGAAGGACGCUGAGCUGAUGAAGAGAGCCCAGGACAUCACCAGAUUGAAGGAGACCAUUAAACGUGACUCAGACAAAGUGAAGAGUUUGAGCCUGGACCUUGAGAGGAAAGACGAUGACGUUUCUGAUCUGAAAGAGAAGCUGUCCGACUCUAAAAAACAGAUCCAGCAAGUUCAAAAGGAGAUCCUCUUGGAGAAAUCUCUCAAACUGAAACUGCUGGACUUGGAGAAAGUGAGGAAACGGCAGCAGGCAGACCUGGCCAACAAAGACCGGACCAUACAACAACUGAAAUCUGAACGUUCUGCUGACUCGAAGUCUGAGGAGAACCUGAAGCUGUAUCAGAACGCCUGCAACGACCUUCAGGCUAAGGAGCGUUUGAUUGAGGACAUGCGUCUGGCUCUGACUGAGCAGGAGGACACCCAGACCCAACAGGAGCAGGUGCUGGAGGCUAAACUGGAAGAGAUUGACGCCCUCACAGAAGAGGUGGAGAAAGUGAAAGGGCUGUUACGCUACCAGGACAAUAGAAAAGACACUGCGGCCCUGAGAGACUGCCAAUCGGACGAAGCCAAAUUAGCCAAACAGGAAGCCGUUCAGGCUCAAGUGACCUUGAAGCUGUGCACUGAGAAGCACCAGGCGGACAGGAGGAAGUGGCUUGAGGAGAAGAUGGUUCUGAUCCGGCAGGCCAAGGAGGCCGAGGACAAGAGGAACCAGGAGAUGAGGAAGUUCGCAGACGGCCGUGAGCGACACGCCAAACAGCAAACCCAAGUGGAAGAUCUGGUGGCCCAGCUCGGUGAGAAGGAGCAGGACCUAGUGAAGUGGAGGAAAGAGAGGGACUCCCUGGUGACCGCUCUGGAGGUCCAGCUAACCAAACUCGUCUCCAACAUCGCAGACAAGGAUGAACAGAUAGCCAGUCUCCGCAGCAACGCCACCUCUCAGCCAGCAGAGAGGCACCAUGGCCAGGUGGAGGUUGAGGAGCUGCAGAGCCUUCUGUCUGAGAGAGACGCUGAGAUCCUUAAGCUGAAGGAACAACUGAUGGCUGUAGCCAAAGCAAGUGGCAACGUCUCAUCCGCACCUCCCUCUAAGCCCAGAGAGACCGGCACUCUGACUAAAGCAGAGGAGUGCCCUCCCCAAGUCAGUGAGAGAACUCUCCACGACGACAACAGUGAACUAGUACAUGGAGUGAAGACUGAGCAGAGGACCAGUCAGGGGUCUGGGGGCUACCCGUCGGUGCUAGACUCCUCAGAGAUCAUAACAGAGGGAGGCAGGACCAGACGCUUCCCCAAGCCUGAGCUCGAGAUCUCCUUCAGCCCGCUGCAGCCCAACAGGAUGGCCCUGAAACGCCAGGGAGAGGAUGUGAUCAACGUCAAAAUCACCCGCAAGAGGAAGAGCUCUGAGAUCGACAAGAAGAAAGGUUGGCACAGUAGGGCUAAACAGAGAGCAACACGAGAGCUCUCAUCUCAGGAUGAGGUGAACAACGAGAACCGAAGGAACACCAGAACCCGGAUGCAUUCUAAACUGGCUGUACAUCAAGAGGAGACCUCUCCGGCGAGGGGCAGUAAAGACCUGGACUCCAUUAAGCCCCAGGACUCCCAGUCCAGCCUUCGGAGCAGGAAAGAAGGAACAAUGCAGAAGAUCGGCGACUUCCUCCAGAGGUCCCCGACGUUUUUCGGUAGCAAGGCUAAAAAGAUAAUGGGAUUGGUGAGUGGGAAAUCCCCAGAGACGGAGGAGGGCGGGGCCUCCACGAACUUCAGACCCAAGAAGUCCAAGAGGAAGCUUUACAGACCAGAGAUCUCUUCCCCCAUGGACUUCCCCUCCCACCCGAUCAUCAGCGGAAGUCCAGACGAGAGAGAGGGUGAACAUCUCAUCAUCAAGAGAAAACUCCGGACUAGGACGGCUAAAUGACUUCUCUGUUCCACAGCGACGAUGUCCAUCCAUGCUGGUCUUGUGGUAACGGGGAAAUGAAAUAAUCCAUUUUGUUGGUGUAAUGAAGGAUAGGUUGAGUUAAAAAAAUUAAUAUCGGUAGUUAUCAGUUUUUGUUUUCAUAUAGCCUUCAUUUAUCACUUUAAUUUAUAUUUGAUUUUAUUUCUAUAUAUUUUAUGUUGCACAUAGUGGGAUUAUUUCUUUAAUUUGUGUGAUUUAACACUAUCAUUUAUGGACCAAAUAUGUUUUAUUCUCAGUCCAGAACAUUUUGGUAAUGUACUCCUCUGAAGAUGUACACGUCAACGAUAUUCAUGUAAAAAUAAACACGAUGUUGUUUUGUUUAGUUUAGUUUUGUUUAUAAUGAAUGUCUUACUAGGGACUACCACUACCGAAUCCUAUUUUGGUGGUGAACGUGUUGAUUAAUGCAUGGUGUGUAACAUAGAUAUAGAGCCCCUGUUCAAUCAGCGUUGUAUCUGAGCCAAGACAGAACAUCAUUACGAACUUCUCUUUUGGUUUCACAUUGUAAACAUUUCAAUUACUACAUUUAGUCUAAAUACAGUAAAUGUUUAUCUCAGAAUCUACCAUUUUUAUUUAACCUGAGCCCUUUGACUGCUAUUUUAUAUAUAAUACUGUACUGCUGACAUAUUCCACGGUGAGUUAAUAAAAAAAAACACUACUAUUCCUCCAAAUUA